AUGUUUGAUUGUUUCCUUCAAACCUUGUAUUUUUGUUUCUUCUUUCAUUCACUCAUUCUUUUAUUUCAUUCAACCCUUGAAUUUUUUACCCUUUCUUUCUUUCUUUCUUUCUUUCUUUCUUGCUUUCUUUCUUUCAAUUCCUCCCUUCCACUGCUAUUUACUUUCUUUUCUUCAACCUCAUUUUAUAUUUUCUUCUUUUUCAAUCUGUCCUUAUUUUCUUUUCUUGUUACUUCUAGGUUCAGACUAAUCAUUUCCCUCGUGUUUCUAUCUAUCUAUCUAUCUAUCUAUCUAUCUAUCUAUCUAUCUAUCUAUCUGCUCAUAAAUCUAUCUAUCUCAUUUUGUUUAUAUCCCUGUCUAUCUCAGUCUGUUUAUAACCCUAUCUAUCUAUCUAUCUAUCUAUCUAUCUAUCUAUCUAUCUAUCUAUCUAUCUAUCUAUCUAUCUAUCUCAUUUUUCUGUUUACAACCCUAUCUAUCUAUCUAUCUAUCUAUCUAUCUAUCUAUCUAUCUAUCUAUCCUGCUCAUAAAUCUGUCUCAUUUUGUUUAUUUCCCUGUCUAUCUCAGUCUGUUUAUAACCCUAUCUAUCUAUCUAUCUAUCUAUCUAUCUAUCUAUCUAUCUAUCUGAGUUUGUUUAUAUCCUUAAAUAUUAUCAGUCUGUUUACAACCCUAUCUAUCUAUCUAUCUAUCUAUCUAUCUAUCUAUCUAUCUAUCUAUCUAUCUAUCUAUCUUUAUUUAUUUCUGUUUUUCUUUUUGUCUCCUUCCUUCUUUUAUCAAAAUCUUUCUUUCUUCCUUCCUUCCUUCCUUCCUUUCUUUCUUUCUUUCUUUUCUUUCUUUCUUUCUUUCUUUCUUUCUUCCUUUCUUUCUUUCUUUCUUCCUUCCUUCCUUCCUUCCUUUCUUUCUUUCUUUUUUUCUUUCUUUCUUCCUUCCUUUCUUUCUUCCUUCCUUCCUUCCUUCCUUCCUUUCUUUCUUUCUUUCUUCCUUCCUUCCUUCCUUCCUUCCUUCCUUUCUUUCUUUCUUUUUUCUUUCUUUCUUUCUUUCUUCCUUCCUUUCUUUCUUUCUUUCUUUCUUUCUUUCUUUCUUUCUUUCUUUUGCAUAAUACUAUCUUUUUUCUUUAUUCUAAAUCAUCGUACAAUUCUCUUUGAUUUUCUAAUACAUCCUUUCUCUUUUACAGCAUUUUUUUUAUUCACUUACUUUUUUUCGUCUAAAUCUUUCUUUCAUUCCUCCUCUUUCUUUUUAUUUAAAUAUUUUUCAUUGAUCUACUUUUAUUUAUUUAAUUCUUUCUCAUUGCAACUUCAUUCUUUCGUUCGUUCGUUCCUACUUUCUUUCUUUUUAGAUUUUGGAUGUUAUUCAAUUUCUUCUUCCAUCUAA